GACUGUGAAGAAAAGCAGGACUUAAUAGAUCGAGCCAAAGAAGCUUACUGCCGAGAAAUCGAGUGGUGCAUUCGAUUGAUUUCUGACUAUCGGAUUAGAGUAUGUUGUCAUUCUUUUACGGGAUCCUUCCUGGAAUAUUUUGCUGAUGAUAUCAGUUAUCCAGUUAGAAAGGAAGGUAUUCAAGGUUUAGUCCAAAUGCCCUUCACAAAUGAGGCAGAAGAGCUUGAAGAAUCUUCACCAGAAACUUCACCUAGCAAGCCCUCCAAGAAACUGCUUCCUGACAGAACAAGGGCUGCCAGAGAUAAGGCUAAUGAAAAGAUAGUGGAGUUUAUAGUGAAAAGCAAGGGAGCAGAAGAGCAUCUCCUGGCUAUUUUGAAAAGCAGAAAACAAUCCCGGUGGCUGAAAGAAUUCCUGAAUUCCGGUCAGUACGUGACCUGCGUUGAAACUUAUUUAGAGGAUGAAGAGCAAUUAGAUCUUGUAGUAAACUACUUGAAGCAAGUGUAUCAUGAAAUAGACACCAGAAAUCUGCAUCAAAUAAACGGAGAUGGAAUAAAGUUUAUUUCAGAUGUCCUUUUGCCUGAAGCCAUCAUUUAUGCGAUUUCUGCUGUGGAUGACAUAGACUACAAGAAGGCAGAAGAGAAAUACAUAAAAGGGCCGUCUGUGAGCAAAAGGGAGAGAGAAAUAUUUGAUGAAGAAAUUUUAGAAAGAAGGAAGCGGGAGACUGAACUAGCAUCUGAAGAGAGCAAAUAAGUAGUGGUAGGCACUUCCCAAGUCUAUAGUGGCACUGGAUGUAUAUAAUGGAGAAGUGGUUACCUGUAUAAAAUGUGUAAUUUUUACUUUUUUUACAUCAGUAUGUAAAUAACCUUCAAAAGAUGUAACAAAUCCAUUAUAAGGCUGCAUUACU